UUUUGUCUCGCGAUUCAAUUCAAAUUUGGUGAAAUUGCUGUUUCAUUGUUUUGUUCUGGUUUACCGACGUUAAACAAAGUCUGUCCGGUACAGCUGUUAUUAUAGACAGCGUUUUUUACGGUUUUGUCAAGUGUAUCAUCUAAUUACUAGAUCUUUGUAAAAUGUGUCCGCCGGAUGGGAAUAUUCAUUUUUGCAGAUCAUCUACUUGUGACCACAGCUGUCACGGCUCUGUCUGUUUCGUUUGAUCAGGACGUUUUUUUUUUAACGAAUCUGUCAAGCUGCCGCGUUUCUCUGCGAAAAAGGAAACCACUGAGAUAAUGCUGAAUACAGGGAGAGGGAACUGUUCUCGUCAUGUCCUUGCGUUAAUCCUCUUGUCAAGGGUGGAGAACUGUUGUGGCGCCUUGUUCUGAAAACAGCCUACCGACUCAAGACGAUGAAUCCCAAAGGGGAUAAGCCGAAGUCGAAGAUUUCGGCUUCUCGCAAGCUUUCUUUAAAGAUGCUUCUCCUCACAAAAGCCUGUGAGGAUUUGGAGAAGGAGAAGCAGGAGAGGGAGGAGGAGAAAGUGCGCUAUAUAGGAGAAAAUCUGCCCCCUUUGCAACUGUCUGGGUUAUCAGUGGACGAACUACAGAAAAUGGUCAAGGAGCUUCACUCAAGGAUCGAUGUCGUGGACGAGGAGCGAUAUGACUGCGAAUCCAAAGUGGGCAAACACAACAAAGAUAUCCACGAGCUGAAGCUGAAGAUACAGGACCUCGGAGGCAAGUUCAAAAAGCCUGCCCUGAGGAAGGUGAGGGUGUCGGCGGAUGAGAUGAUGAGAGCUCUCCUGGGCUCCAAGCACAAGGGUUCGAUGGACCUCAGAUCCAACCUCAAGUCCGUGAAGAAGGAGGACGUCAAACAGGACAAGGUGCUCACCUCUGAAGUGGGCGACUGGCGUAAGAACGUGGAGGCCAUGUCGGGCAUGGAAGGCCGCAAGAAGAUGUUCGACACAGCCGGAGGACCGCAGUGAGAUGCUUUUGGAGGAAUCCUGCGUAUGGUGAAGAACAAGUUGGGAUGAUGUGCGAUAGGCUAAGGGACAUGAACGCGAGACGAAUCACAACGGCCAUAAGCAUGUGCAACCACCGCUAGCUGUGCCUCAAUUUUCUAGACGACCAUAUUUUUGUGCAAUGCCUCAAAGCACUUGAGGCGAAGUGUAGAAUGAGACCCGUUGUUUUUUGAUUACAAAAGUUACAAUAUUCCUGUUUUGCUAUGACAUCUUUGGACAAUUGAAAUGGAUUUGAAUAAAGUUGUGCUCUUUGAUCCACCG